AUGAACAGCAAGGGGGCGUGCCAAUGUGACACGACCACCUCCAUGUUCCAUCCGAUAUGGCACGUCAACGCAAGCCUAAAACACCAUGUGCUCCGCCUUGUGUGGACAGUGGUCGUAAUGGUUGUGACACUAAUCGGUAUCAGCAUCGUCUCCCUUAUCUCUGACAGCUUCUAUGACCCUGACAAGCAGCGCCCGCUGCCGGACAGGCUACACGACCAGGUUAUGCACCGCAGGGAAGUGCCGGAGUGGCUGUCGGUGAUGAUUGACGCGUGCACUUUCACGUGCGUCUUCUUGUCAAUCACUCGCCACGUUUUGAUGCUACCCUUCCCGCUGAACGUGCAGGUGGUCUGUCGCAUUUGCAGUCUAGUGGCCCUCGGUUUCUGGAUGCGAGCAAUAGCCAUCGUCGUGACAACUGUACCAUCCUCUGAUGUCUACUGCAUCGUGCGACGUCCGAAAAAUGCCAAAGAGGUCAUCGUAGCCAUAGUGAGGCAGGCUAUUGGCCAUAAUGAUGAAUGCACAGGCAUGAUCAUUUCUGGUCAUAGUCUCAACAUCAUGCAUGCAGUCCUAUCCUGGAGUUUCUACGGACGCUGCCAGUCGGCUCCUGCGAAAAGAGGUUCCCCCAAGGGUUUUUAUUGUCGGGAUGUGACUUGCACCGGCAAGCCGUACAACACUUUCAAGGGAAGCUUUCUCGACCAGUGCCUCGCCUUCUACAAGACUUGGCGUCGGCUGAGGAAAGAAGGGUGCAGCAGGCCAGUGGCAACUGCAGCGGCACGAAGCUUUGUUCCUGUUCCUCCUGAGGAGGUUCUUGAAGUGUGUCGAGACAGCGAGCAGCAUCGCUCUCGAGGCCCUAUAAGAAAGCUGUUUAGCGCGGUGUCGCGUCUACCGAUCCUCAGGUACUACUGUUACGUGCAGGCGUUGGCUCUGUGGGUGCUGAUUCCUUUGUGCUACAACCACUACACAAUCGACGUGUUGCUGGCACUCCUCUUUGGCGUUUUGUGGUGGUUCGUGUAUCAUCUGAUCCUCACCAUCGAGCUCGUGCAGAAGAAGGGCGCAGGGAAGCUGACUGGAUGGGGUUACUGGGGGGAACAGGGGGACGCCGAUAUCUGCAAGCAAGCCGUCUCGUCAAUGGAACCUAAGAAUGGGGAUUGGAAAGCACUUGGAUCCGAAGCUUCCCAGACCGGAGCAGUUGCGAGGGUACUCGAGGCUGGGGAGGAUGACGGACUCCAAGAGACGGCGUCGGGCAGACAUCCGGAUGCUGCUGCUGUGGAGUUGGGUAGCAUUCGGAAGAUCUUCGACGGAGAGAGUGGCGCAAGCAGAGAGGAGGGCACGCAGGGGCUUGGGCAGGUGGAUAACGGCGCGGCUCGCGGAGCAGAGAUGAGGUGUACGUACUGUAAGAAGUGCUUUUACGAUGAAUUCUGUGCACUAAACCUCCACUGGAUACUGGACUUCCCGAUCCUUCAGCCUGUCAGCUGGAUAAUUCGCAAGAUAGAAGGCAUCUAG